AUGUACGACAUUGUUGCGAAGAUUAUUUGGAUAUUGCUAGCUCUUAUCCUGAUGUUGAUACAGACCCAUGCGCAAUCUGUGUCAGAAGAUGAAUGCGCAACGGGAGUUCAUGCCAUUAUCGCCAGAGGGCAAGGCGGGGGCGAUGAUCUGAAUGUGUUGGUCACUCUUUCGGAUUUAAUCUUGCAGCAGAUCCCUGGCUCCACAACCCUCGGCUUACCCUACGAUCAUGUCAAUGUCUCCACUGACAUUGCCAAACUGCGAACUGUUCAUGACGGUGCAGUUCUAAUGCAGCAGUACGUGCAGGAGUACAGUGAAAGCUGCCCCCAAACUAAGAUCGUCGUAGUGGGAUAUUCAAUGGGGGCAGUUCUCAUGAUGGAUUCCAUAUGCGGAACCAGUGAGAUUGGAUUUGUCUUUGUCUCCCCUAUUGCGCCAUUCUACAACUCAAUAAUCAUAGCUGCGAUUGCAUAUGGUGAUAUAACAUACGUUCCUGGUAUGCCGUGGAAUGUAGGUAAUUGCACAAUGGGUAUAGGCGUCCUUCCUCGCAUGAACUCGGCCUUGUGUGAACCCUUUGCUAGCUCAAUACACAGCUAUUGUGAUUACGGUGAUGCUCAAUGCUGCUCACCAUACCCAGAAGACAACAAUGCCGCACACCAUGGCUACGUGUCGAAGUACAAUCAGGACGUUGUGGACUUCAUUAAAACCCGUCUGGGCACGAUUAGGCGGUAA